AUGCUACUGAGGAAGAGGCCAAUGCCGGCGAGGAUUGGUGCCAGUCCACCCAUUCACUUGGACCAGACUGGAAAGACGGCUCUCCAGGCCGGCAACAUUCGCCUCAUGGAGCCCGUGGGCUUCAGUGGUAAGCUCACUUGGAUGGAACCAGGACAUUGGCAAGGUUGGAGUAAGAAGAACUCACCUGACCGUUGCAUUAUUGGUUACCCACCUCUCUACUCAGUAACUGAGCAUGACCCUGUUCGCCUCGGCCAGCCCAAGACUAUCUACUACGAAGUUAAGCUUGCGCGCGACAGCCCAGAGGUAUUUAUCGCCCUAGGUUUCACCGCGCUACCCUAUCCUUCAUUCCGCAUGCCAGGCUGGCAUCGCGGAAGUCUAGCGGUACAUGGUGACGACGGACACAAAUACGUCAACGAUCGCUGGGGUGGCCGCGAUUUCACUCAGCCUUUCAAGCGUGGAGAGACAUACGGUAUUGGCAUGACAUUGCGUUCUGUCGGUGGACCUAAGCCGCAGGUCGAUAUCUUCUUUACGCGCAACGGUACGAUGACGGGUGGAUGGGCACUCCAUGAGGAGACUGAUGCUGAACAAGAUCUACCGGUUACAGGAUUGGAGGGUUUCCACGAUCUAAGUUGUGCUAUUGGAACGUAUGAUGGAAUUAAGUUUGAGGCAAUGCUUGAGCCGUCAAAGUGGUUGUAUAACCCGUUUCAGUUCUAA